CUGUGUGAAGUGGCGAUCAGUCGGAGCCGGCGGUCCGGACCGCAUAAGGUAACGAACAGGAUAAAAGGAUGCUGAUUAAUUGGAAAUCGACUCUGAUUGGCUGAAGCAUUGCCGUGGAGAAAGCAACGGGGAACCAUAGGUUCCCUAAGUUCCUGGGUGAUCCUUUUCGUCCGUUGGGCACGUUAACGAUGAUGAACAACCCCUAUGCUGACCUCUUGGAGCCCCUUGAUCCUAAGCGGGAGGAAAAGAAGUUCUACAAUCUGAGCAAAUUGGGAGAUGACAGAUAUGCACGUUUGCCAUUCUCCAUCCGAGUACUUCUAGAAGCAGCAAUCAGAAACUGUGACUGUUUCCUUGUGAAGAAAGAUGAUGUUGAAAACAUAUUGAACUGGAAGGUGACGCAACACCAAAGUGUCGAAGUGCCUUUUAAACCUGCUCGUGUCAUCUUGCAGGAUUUCACUGGUGUGCCUGCUGUGGUUGACUUUGCCGCUAUGCGAGAUGCUGUGAAAAAACUGGGGGGCGAUCCGGAGAAGAUCAAUCCAAUUUGUCCUGCAGACCUGGUUAUAGAUCAUUCCAUCCAAGUGGAUUUCAACAGGUGGCCGGACAGCUUGCAAAAAAACCAAGAGAUUGAAUUUGAAAGAAACAAAGAAAGAUUUGAAUUUUUGAAGUGGGGCUCUAAAGCUUUUCGAAAUAUGAGGAUUAUUCCCCCUGGCUCAGGAAUCAUCCACCAGGUGAAUUUGGAAUAUUUAGCACGAGUGGUGUUUGAUCAGGACGGAUACUACUACCCCGACAGUCUUGUGGGUACGGAUUCUCACACAACAAUGAUUGACGGCCUUGGCGUGCUCGGCUGGGGUGUAGGUGGCAUUGAGGCUGAGGCCGUGAUGUUGGGUCAGCCCAUCAGUAUGGUUCUCCCAGAAGUAGUUGGCUAUAAGUUGGUAGGAAGCCCAGACUCAUUGGUCACAUCAACAGACAUAGUCCUCACAAUCACAAAACAUCUCCGCCAGGUUGGAGUUGUGGGAAAAUUUGUUGAAUUCUUUGGGCCUGGUGUGGUGCAAUUAUCCAUUGCUGAUCGAGCAACCAUUUCCAACAUGUGUCCAGAGUAUGGGGCAACAGCAGCUUUCUUUCCUGUCGAUAAAAUAAGCAUGAUGUACCUGGAACAAACUGGCCGAGAGGAAAAUAAGCUGAGCUACAUUGAGAGAUAUCUCAAAGCUGUUGGAAUGUACAGAGAUUUCAGUGACCCAUCUCAGGAUCCAGAGUUUACUCAGAUUGUGGAACUAGAUCUCAACACUGUGGUAUCAUGCUGCAGCGGCCCCAAGCGACCUCAGGACAAAGUGGCUGUGUCCAAUAUGAAGCAAGAUUUUGAAAGCUGUUUGAGUGCAAAGCAAGGAUUUAAAGGAUUUCAGAUUCCGCCAGUUCGCCAAGAUGACAAAGUGAAGUUUAAAUACAGUGAACAGGAUUAUGAGCUGUGCCAUGGUUCAGUGGUAAUUGCUGCCAUCACCAGCUGUACAAACACCAGCAAUCCAUCUGUAAUGUUAGGAGCAGGGUUGUUGGCAAAGAAAGCAGUAGAAGCUGGUCUCAGUGUUAAACCCUACAUCAAAACCAGCUUAUCUCCAGGAAGUGGUGUAGUUACCUACUAUUUAAAAGAGAGUGGAGUCAUGCCCUAUCUUGCCAAGCUAGGGUUUGAUGUUGUUGGCUAUGGGUGUAUGACGUGCAUUGGUAACAGUGGUCCUCUCCCUGAGUCUGUAGUGGAAGCCAUAACUCAGAAUGACCUUGUUGCAGUCGGAGUAUUGUCUGGGAAUAGAAACUUUGAAGGUCGUGUACAUCCCAACACACGUGCUAACUACUUGGCUUCCCCACCGCUAGUUAUUGCAUAUGCCAUAGCUGGAAGUAUAAGAUUCAACUUUGAAGUGGAACCAUUGGGUGUUACUGCAGAAGGAAAGGAAAUUUUUCUGAGAGACAUUUGGCCAACUAGAGAAGAACUGCAAGUGAUUGAGAGAGAAUUUGUUAUUCCUGCCAUGUUCAAGGAGGUUUAUGAGAAGAUUGAGAAAGGAAAUGAAUGCUGGAAUUCUUUGAAUGCUCCUAGUGACAAACUCUACACUUGGAAUCCCAAGUCAACGUAUAUCAAGUCUCCACCAUUUUUUGAAAACCUGACUGUAGAUCUUCAAACUCCUAAAUCUAUCGUCGAUGCCUAUGUCCUUUUGAACUUGGGUGAUUCGGUGACAACUGACCAUAUCUCUCCAGCAGGGAAUAUAGCAAGAAACAGCCCAGCCGCACGAUAUUUAACCGAUCGAGGUUUAACCCCUCGACAAUUCAACUCCUACGGAUCCCGUCGGGGAAAUGAUGCAGUGAUGGCAAGAGGGACAUUUGCAAACAUCCGGUUGUUCAAUAAAUUCCUCAAAAAGCAGGGGCCGCAGACUAUUCAUUUCCCCAGUGCAGAAACACUUGAUGUAUAUGAUGCUGCAGAACGCUAUCAACGACACAGUCAUUCUCUGAUUAUUUUAGCUGGUAAGGAAUAUGGAUCGGGCAGCUCCAGAGACUGGGCAGCCAAGGGUCCUUAUUUGCAGGGCAUCAAAGCUGUCCUUGCUGAGAGCUAUGAACGCAUUCAUCGCAGCAAUCUCGUAGGGAUGGGGAUAAUUCCUCUGGAGUAUCUACCAGGACAGACUGCCGAUAGCUUGGGACUUACAGGUUGCGAGCGCUAUACCAUCUCAAUUCCCAAUGUGCUGAAGCCCAGGAUGAAUGUGGAGAUAAAGCUUGACACGGGCAAGUCCUUCCAAGCCACCAUGAGAUUCGAUACGGACGUAGAACUCGCCUAUUUCCACCAUGGUGGUAUCCUAAACUAUAUGAUCCGAAAGAUGAUAUCAAAUUAGCUGGACACUUUUUUUGGGGUUGGGGGACGAAGGUGAUAAGAGCGAUCAUGUCGGAAAACGCACAGAUUUAAAGCACUAAUUAUCAAAAGUAAAUUUUGAUAUAAACCCGUUUUAUUCCCAUUUAGUUGGAACAGUGAAAUGAUUCUGACUGGGUUUUACAAUGGGUAAAAGAUUUAUCUGUAUCUUUGUAAUAACCAUUUUCAAACUAAUUUUUAACAACAAUUCCUUGAAAUUAUUUUGCAGAACAUUUGCAAGCUGUAUUAUCUGGUUCAGCUAUAAUAUUGAAAUCUAUUUUUGAAAGCUACACACCUUUGCAAUCAUUAAACAUGACGUGAAAACGUG